AUGUAUCACUCAGCUCAGCCGUCUCUACAAUCUCUUCUCGAAAAAUCCAAUCUCAAGAGGUUCCAAUCUGCACUCGAACAAGAGCUCAACGUCACAAACAUCGAACAUCUAACUAACCUCGCUGACAAUUCUCUCUCCGUCAUCGGUAUGAAUAGCACGGAAAUAGAUCGUCUGAGGAUCGUUGCUAAAAAGUCUAUUAAGAAACUUUUUAAUUGCAAUAACCACGAAGACAACAACAACAGCAUCAGCAACAACAUCAGCAACAACAACAACAACAUCAACAUCAACAACAACAACAAUAAUAAUAAUAGCAAGAAUAAUAAUUUUAUUAGUAAAAGCAGUAAAAAUGAUUCUGGCAGUGGCAAAAGUGUUUUGUUAAAAAGUUUUUUGAGUUACAGUAGUAGUGGUAGUAGUAAUAGUUAUAGUAGUCGUAGUAAUAAUAGAAGUUGUGGUUGUAGUAAUGGUAGUAGUGUUGGUAGUGGUGGUAAUGAUGAUGAUGUUAUUGGUGUUGGUGUUCAUGAUAAUGAAGGUGGCCGCCGCGGUGGAGACUCUGAUGGGUUGAAGGACAGAGCCUGGAUGAAUAAAGUUAAAAAACUCAAUCAGCAGUGUAGCUUAGCAUACCGCACUUCUUAA